AUGGUCCUGUCUACCAUCACAUUAUUAUGCAUGGGAGCCUCUGCUGGAAUCGUUAUCUACUCCAACAACAAGUUAGUCUCUUCAUGGAGCAUUGAUCCGUCAGUUCUGCUUGCUCUAGUUUCGUCGGUUUGGAGUGGUUCGCUCGGUAGAAUCCUUAUGAUAAGCGUAACCAUUGCUUGGUGGCGAUACGCUAUCAGCGGCGCAACGCUUGAAACUCUGCAUUACAUCUGGAAACAUGGAUUUGGCCUCAAGUCCAUUUCAGCCUUCUUCUCGAACAGUACUACACAGAAGAUUGCUUUGCUAGCAUGGUUAGUAACGCUCGCUCAGAUCAUCCAUAACCCUUUAUUACAACGGUCUACCCGCACAACGGCUAGUGAAAUCGUUGUACCAGAUAACAUAACCAUGAAUAUCAAGCAGCAAAUUCCGGAUGGCUGGUUUGGCUGGGUACUAAACGCAUCCUCACAUCAGAUCAUUGGUUCCCGGAAUGGAAUGGGCAUCAUGCGAGACUGGUGGACUAAUACAACAAUCACGAUACCAUCCAACGGGAACGUACCGCCAUGUGUCGGUUCCUGCCAGGGUAGAGUAAAGGGAAGCGGAAUGGACUAUACGUGCGUAAGCACAACUACGAACUUGGAUUUUAUGGCGCCGUCAAGCAAUGGCAAGCCAAUAUUUGCCAUAGACAUCACACUAUCUUCAAAUGCAACUGGUGCGCCUAUCCUACUUGUGGGCACUGUACAUCCGUCAGCUAUUGACGACAAUUGUAUCGGGACUCUUAUCUACAACAACUGCACAGUCGAGGCUGCAAUUGUUGAUUAUCCAGUCACUAUACAGAACAGCACGGUUUUGCUGAAUAACGAUCUGCUCAGUCCUCCCAACGUCGUCGAGAAGUAUAUAUCUGAGGGCGAUCUAUCUACAGCUAAACCCUGGCAAGGUAUUGGGGUUCUUCAAGGACUUAACGACUUUCUUGGCCAAGAUAUAACCGCCACGGAUACAUUGGUUGUAAAAUCCAAUGAAACGUUAACAUCCGGUGGUUUCAUUCCAGAUCUCUUUUUUCUCGCUGCACCGUCGAAUUACAACGCGUCGAUGAUGCCGAAAUGUGGCUUGAAAUUCUCCGAUCCAACCCUUUGGGUGCUCGACGCUAUUCAGACCUUUCUCUUCCGGGCCUCAAUCAGUGCUGCCGAUGACUCAGAUUCUCAGACCUUCAGCGUACAGCGCACAAACCUAGCACUCAUCUUUCAAUCCGACUACACGUACCUAGCAGCAGCGCUGAGUCUCAUGUUCGUCACAUUAGCUGCUGUUUUGACUCCUCUAUGGGGAUGGUGGCGUCUCGGACGUCAGGUCAGCCUCAGUCCGAUUGAAAUAGCACGCGCUUUUGGGGCACUUUCAAUUCACAACACGCCUAGACAGCCCUUGACGGCGAAUGAAAUCAUACGGUCAGCAGGAAAAGCUACCGUGCGAUAUAACGGUCAAAUCUUUCAUGGUGAUGCCAUCGCCAAAGUCACCAGCUUUGAGCUGGUCGAUUCAGCACCGUCUGAGACUGACACUCAAGCGCUUUGGAAUGCAUCUGCACGCAGCCAAUAA